AUGGAGAAAAACUCUUUCCUUUUUCUCUCCUUUCUUGUCCUUUUUCCAUUGCUUCAUGGAUAUACUGCUUUUGCCGCAGGAACGGAUGAUGGGUCUGAGCAGUGGGGAUACGUGGAAGUCCGACCCAAGGCACACCUAUUUUGGUGGCUCUACAAAAGUCCUGACAGAGUGGAAGAUCCAUCCAACCCAUGGCCUAUACUUCUGUGGCUCCAGGGAGGCCCUGGAGGCUCUGGAGUUGGGUUUGGAAAUUUCUUGGAGAUAGGACCAUUGGACGGGAAUUUGCAGCCUCGCAAUUCAACUUGGCUCCGGAAGGCUGACCUCUUAUUUGUGGAUAGUCCUGUGGCGACAGGUUUUAGUUAUGUGGAGGACGAGAGCUUGGUGGUUACCACUGAUGAUGAGGCUGCAACUGAUCUGACCACCCUGUUGAAGGAGCUAUUCAAUGGAAACGAGACCCUCCAAAAAAGUCCUCUCUACAUUGUUGCGGAGUCUUAUGGAGGAAAAUUUGCAGUCACUCUUGGGCUGUCGGCUUUAAAAGCAAUUGAAGCAGGGGAAUUGAAGCUUCAACUUGGGGGGGUUGCUUUGGGAGAUAGUUGGAUAUCUCCAGAAGAUUUUGUGUUGUCAUGGGGACCUCUACUUAAGGACGUCUCACGGCUCGAUGGCAACGGAUUGAAUAGCUCAAACAGACUAGCACUCCAGAUACAGCAGCAGCUUGCAGAAGGGCAAUACAAAGAAGCAACAGAAACAUUUUUUGAUCUUGAGAAUGUGAUUUCUGUCAGCAGUAACGAUGUGGACUUCUACAACUUCAUGGUGGAUUAUGCAAACGAUCCCGUCCUUUCGACGUCUGGGGGAUGGAAUGAAGUAAUGAUGGGAAGGGACCCGCGAUAUCUUGGUGCCAAGAAAUCUUCAUCAAGUAAUGGUGCAUCUUCUACGGUUGACCUUCCCAGCUUAAUGAAUGGACCUAUCAGAGAAAAGCUAAAGAUUAUCCCAGAAAGUGUAAGUUGGGGAGGACAGGGUAACCUUGUUUUUCCUGCAAUGGCUGGUGAUUUCAUGAGACCAAGAAUAGAAGAGGUUGACGAACUCCUAGCCAAGGGCAUAAACGUGACAAUAUACAAUGGACAGCUUGAUGUCAUAUGCUCAACCAAAGGUGCUGAAGCAUGGCUCGACAAACUCAAAUGGGGUGAUUUGAAAACCUUCUUGAGCUUGGACCGUACUCCAUUGUAUUGUGGCAACGAUGAAACGACUACAAAAGGAUUUGUCAAGACAUACAAAAACUUGUUCUUCUAUUGGAUUCUUGGGGCCGGCCACUUUGUUCCAGUAGAGCAGCCCUGUGUUUCUCUGGAGAUGGUGGGCAACAUUACUCGAUCACCAAAUCUUCAUUCGUAAGGUAUAAACUGCAGAGAUAUAUACUGCAAGAGAAUGUAAUGACAAGCACUUGAAUGCUAGAGCCAUAAGCAAGACGCAAUUAGGGGAAGUUAUU